GGUCCAGUCCAUGACUGGUCGAGCGGCCCAUUUCUCACCUCUUCUUUCUUUCUUUCUUUCUUUCUUUUUCACCACUCGAUCUUUCUCCAAGUCAUCUCCAAACGACGGUACAAUCAUUUUCUGAGAGUGAUAGUGGCAGAAUGCUGUUCAUACUAGUUGCUCUUUUGUGGUUCGCCACGGCCGAAGCUUCUCACUGCUCAAUUAAUGGAUUACCACUCGUGAGAAAUAUCAGUGAGCUUCCACAAAACAACUACGGGAGGCCCGGUUUAUCUCAUACUACAAUUGCAGGUUCAGUCUUGCAUGGCAUGAAAGAGAUAGAGGUGUGGCUUCAAACGUUUGCUCCCGGAUCUAGCACACCAAUCCACAGGCACUCAUGUGAAGAAGUUUUUGUCGUCUUGAAGGGUCAAGGCACUCUCUAUCUCGCUCCUAGUUCACAUUCAAAGUACCCAGGGAACCCGCAGGAGUUUCAUAUUUUCCCUAAUAGCACUUUCCAUGUCCCCGUUAAUGAUGCGCACCAGGUAUGGAACACUGAUGAACAUGAAGAUCUACAGGUUUUAGUUGUUAUAUCUCGUCCCCCAGUGAAAGUGUUUACGUACGAUGACUGGUCGGUGCCACAUACAGCUUCCAAAUUGAAGUUCCCGUAUUACUGGGAUGAGGAAUGUUAUCAGACAACAUCAUCUAGCAAAGACGAGCUUUAGCCAGUAAAAUAGGCAAUGCAGUUAACUACAUAAGCAUGGUGUUUGAUAUGUUUCUAUAAGAUAUCAAACAUCGACUCAUCCAAGAGCAAUGUAACCGGUUUCAGGUGAAACUUAUUUGGCAUGCUUUUUCUUUAGGAGAGCUCUAGUUUAAUUAGCUACUAGUAAUAUAUGAUUUCUUCCAAAUGUAUCCCGGUUGCUGUUAUUGUAUUAAUACUCUUGUACUGUGUGUAAUGAAGAUUAAUCCUACGUACUCCAUUAUCCUCUGUAUAUCAGAUUAUCCAUCUACGUUUGAAUACGUAGAUCAUCAUUAAUGUGUUUCUUUUUUGUCUUGCAA